ACCCAUCUUAACUGGUUAGGUUAUUAAAGGGCCCGAGCCAACUUAACUCUUAGGGGAGGAGAAAAACCCUUAGCCGCCAGCAUUCGUUGAACUCAUUCUUCUUCAACUCAACAGAGCAAGGGUUCGCACUCGCAGAUUCUUGAGCAAGAAUAAUGGGGAAGAAAAGAAAACACAGUGAGACUACUCAAGCUGUAGCACAACCCAAAAAGGAAGAGGCUGCUCCAGAGAGACCGGCUAGGACCCUUUUGGGGUGGAAGGAUAAGAAUCAAGUUGAGGAUGAUUCACCAAUAUUUAGGAACAAAGAGAAGCUAUUGGUCACUUGCUCUAGGCGCAUCAAUUACAGGUACCGGCAUUUGAUGUUGAAUUUGGUCACACUUUUGCCUCAUUGUAAGAAGGAUAACAAAGUUGAAUCAAAGGAAACUAAAGGAGCCACCCUCAACGAGCUUGUUGAGCUAAAAAAUUGUUCCUCUUGUUUAUUUUUUGAGUGCAGGAAGCAUAAAGAUCUUUAUCUCUGGAUGGCAAAAUGCCCCAAUGGCCCAUCUGUAAAGUUUCUAGUUAGUGCCGUUCACACAAUGGAGGAAUUGAAGCUAACGGGAAAUCACCUACAAGGUUCGCGUCCAAUUUUGACAUUUUCAGCAAAUUUUGAAAAAGAUGCACAUUGGAAACUAUUAAAGGAGAUGUUGUUACAGAUAUUUGAAACACCAAAGGACCACAGAAAGGCCAAGCCUUUCCAUGAUCACGUUUUUGUUUUCUCAAUAGUUGAUGACCAUAUAUGGUUCCGGAAUUAUCAGAUCUCUGCUCAUCAUAAUGAGUCGGACAAAUUACCUAGAGGUGGCCUUGAUAAAAUGACAUUGAUUGAGGUUGGUCCGCGAUUCUGCUUGAACCCAAUUAAAAUAUUUGGUGGCAGUUUUGGAGGCCCAACUUUAUAUGAGAAUCCGCUCUAUGUGUCACCAAAUCAGAUUCGAGCUUUGGAGAAAAAGAAGAAGUCUGGAAAGUUUGCAAAGAAGGUCAAAGCAAAGACAAGGAGGAAAAUGCACGAGAUGUCCAAUCCUCUGGAGCCUGAUGAGUUUGCAGAUAUGUGGAAAGAUUGAUUUUAAAUACAACCGCAGCUACCACAUAAAAGAAAAACCCAUAUUUCUCCUAUAUUAUCCUCGCAUUAUAUUCCAUAGCAUUAAAGGGAGACUUUUGUGAUUCUAUAAAUGUUAUUUUCUGUAAUUUCAUGUGGGGUCUGGUUAUUCUCUCUUAUCAGACAUUGAACCUAGUGGAAAUUAAAUUUUGACAGAGGCUUCAGUUUUGGAUCAUGGGUUUGUUUGAUUGAUAUGCUACUAGUAUAUUAACCAGGGAUUAUUUCGACUUUAAUUAGUCAAAUCUCGUUUAUAAAGAUGCUUUCACCUAA